UGAUAUUAUAAGGAGUGAAUCCGUCUAUUUCUGAACGCGGUCCGCGUUGUGUGUACACGUUGUAAAUUAAACGACCCCUUCGGUAUAUCAUCAUUGUUCCAACCAAUGGCAUUUAAAUCAACUAUUUAAACUUUUGCCAAUUCCUUUAUAUUUUCUGAUUAUAUUCCUUUUAUCUGAAGUUAUACUUGUAGAAGAAAAAGUUUUCAGUUAUGCAGAGCGGUUUUGAAAAACGUUGGAAGAGAAUCAAAGAAAUGUGCAUUGAUAGCUUUCGUUAGGAUCUGAAAUUGGACAGCUCGUUUUGAGACGUGCUCAGUUUUCGGUUGAAGUUUUUUUCUAUAAGGAAAAUGAUCUCGAAUUUUGAAGAACAGCAUAGCGAUAACGGCUAACAGCUUUUCGGAUUACAAACACAUAUUUCGAAUUUUCCGAAAGGAUGCCCUAGAAUAGACUGAAAAGCAAAAAUUAUUCAGUUCGGACAAAAUGCCGUAUUGCGGUACCGCUACCAAAUGGUCCAAGAUCGGAUUAGUGACUCAGUAUAUAGGACUAGCUUUGUUUCUGUCCGGAUUCGGUACAAUAGGAUGGAUGGCCACGCUGACAGUACAGAACAGCAAGGAUAUUAUCGUGGGACUGUUCCGGAUGAUCGACUGUUCCACGGGAAGUUGUUCCACCCAGGACAUCUCCACGGAUUACGAAAACAGUGCGCGGGAUUCGACCCUGGGUCUGAUGUGCGUGGUGAUUGUGGCAGCGGUCCCCACCACCGUCAUCUAUAGUAUAUAUGUGGCCACCGAGACCGCCAGAUACAGAUGCAUGAUUCUUAUUAUCAUGUGUUUCACCUUCUUUGCAGCUCUGUUUAUUCUUAUUGGAGUUGCUGUGUACGCGACUUCGGUGCCGACAGAUUUCUAUGCAUCUUAUUCCGUAGGAUUGGUCACCAUUGCAUCAUUUCUAUUUAUAUGUGCUGGUUGCAUGCUCAUACCCGACAUCAAAAACAAAGUUUACCGCCGGCGGAGUCGUGCAAAAAUGGUCCGCACUCCCUCCACCCCAAGCUUAGCCUCAGUCGAGUCCCCACCCCCGAGAUAUACCUCUAGGAUAGAGACGCCCGUCUACUACACCCCACGACGGCCUAAAGGAGUAUGGGUAUACAAAGAAUACGACGACCGUUCACCACGAACUCCACGACGACGGUCCCCACCAAGGGAGGUAAUCAGGUCGUAUUCACCACCAAGGGAAGUGGUCAGGUCGUAUUCUCCCCCGAGGGAGAGAGUCCGAGUUCAUCAAGUCCGAGCCUUACCCCCGCCUCAGAUAUCUUACGUGUCGCCCCGACGGUACGGUACCCCGCUCUCUGUGCAAAGGUAUGACUACAAAGCCCGAUAACGCCGUACAUCCGUACAGUACGUUGCUUCAAUGCCGGGAAUGUUGAAACAUGCUAUGAUCACAGACUUCCGCUACACGCCCUGGGAAAAAAUUGUGAAUCUUGGUGGUAAUGAAAACGAUCAAACUGUACGAACUUUUCCAUCAAAAUUUACAACAACUGUAAUAUCAUAAUCAGUUUUAGUGUACAUAAAAGUUGUUCUCUUAUGCUCAAACAGUAUGUGCCUCAGUCAUUGCAUACAUUAGUACGAAAACAAAUAAUUUCUACGUAGCAAAUAUUAUCUUUGUGUUGCCCGCUUCCUUUUGUAAAGUUUGGAUACAUGUUAAUUCGCCACAUAUGAUUCACAUAUUAAAAUGGGAAUCACAUUGGAACCAUGUUUAAAAAAGCGGGAAAAUAGACCAUGAGAUUACGUGAAUCAAACGUUUUAACAUUGAUUUUUCUAUUUAUUUCAUCUUAGUCAUUUUGUUUACUGGUUCGAGGCAUUACUUUGUUGCACGUGGUUUCCUUUUCAUGAUAUCGUUAAUUAGUACACAAUAUUCUGUCAUUACCAUUCAGGAAGAUAAAUGCUAAAGAUCUUUUCUGAAAUCAUUUACAUAUCAUAUUCUAGUCAGAGAAUGUUACUUUUGUAAUAUUAUUUCGUUUUGUUUGAGUUCAUUUCAACAUAAGAUUUUUUUAUCCAAUGAUUUAAGACGCAGGUUAGUUAUAUUACGUCAGAAAAUCUGACUGUUGUCAUGUAAUUGUUUUGUUUAUUUAUAGUAUCCAGUUAUAAUAAAUAUUUAUAUACAACAUCACAACUUGUUUAACUUUUAAAUAAAAGGUUUAAAAUU